CCCUGCUGCAAACAGAGAUGCAGACAAAUCCACUGGUAAAGGGAAAAAACCAUCCAGCAUAACCCAGCUGAGGGAGAUAUUCCGGAGGACAUCCAGACUGGAUGCCAGGAUCUGGAAGCAGCCGGAGGCUCUGCCAGGUGUGAGAUGAGGAAUUGAUGACUUUGUGGCUUUGAAGAGAAGGUGGAAGUGGAACUUACCAAGGGCUCCAGUGUCCAGGGGUAGUUACAAAUAAGUGUGACGAAUGGAUGCCAAGUUCCAGAAAGCUUGUGAGAAUGUCUUAUCCUGCUAACUCAGUCUCUUUACAGGUCACAUUUCUAUUGCUGUUCUUAUACUGUGACAUUCUCAGCUGGGGACUGCCCACUGCUCCAGAGUAUUUGCAACGGGGCUGGCAGAGGCUGUUGGAGGAAGGGGAGAGCUGUUUGGAAUGUAGGUUGGAAGAAUGUCCCACACCACGUGGCUGUCUGGCUGGGGUAGUAAGAGAUGCCUGUGACUGCUGUUGGGAGUGUGCCAAUUUAGAGGGACAGAUCUGUGACUUGGACAAUACUAACCACUUCUAUGGAAAGUGUGGCAAUCACUUAGAGUGUCGCCUUGAUGCAGGGGACCUACAACAUGGUGAAGUACCUGAGCCCCAGUGUACUUGCCUAUCCAACCAGGCCCUCUGUGGCUCCGAUGGCAAAACCUAUGCCCAGAUCUGCAAGUUCCAAGAGAUGCAAAACUCCCAUCCAGGGGCUAAUCUCACCAUGGCCCAUGAAGGACCCUGUGAGUCAGAGCCCCACAUUGUAUCUCCGCCCUAUGACAUCUGGAACAUCACUGGGCAAGAUGUGAUCUUUGGCUGUGAGGUCUUUGCCUACCCAAUGGCCUCUAUUGAAUGGCGAAAGGAAGGGCUGGAUAUGCUGCUUCCUGGAGAUGACCCCCACAUCUCCGUUCAGUUUAGGGGAGGCCCUCAGAAAUAUGAAGUGAGCAGCUGGCUCCAGAUCCAAGCUGUGCGGGUGACAGAUGAAGGAACCUACCACUGCUUCGCAAGGAACAAGAUUGGGCAAGUAGCAGCUCUUGCCAACCUCAUGGUUCUCACUCCAGAUCAGCUCAACUUGACUGAAAUGGCCUUGCGCAAGAUACCUGACCUGAGACAGGAUGAUGACAUGGAAAGUGAUGAGUCAUAUGACUAUUACUGAUGAAGCAUAUGUGGAGCAGAAUGAGGGAACAUGUAUACACUUCUUUCCCACUUAAACAUUUGCUUCCUACCUUACUUCAGCUCCAGACUUCCAGGAUAACCAGUACUGAACCUUUGUGCUGAUUCAAAGAAGCUGGCUAAAGAUAUUCUAUGAACAGUUUUUAUAUCAGUUCAUUUUCGGUGUGAUAGGUAGAAGUACUUAAUGAUUUGAUACCACCUCUGGUGGAGAAACAAGUGGGAGGGGGGAACUGUCCUAGAUCAAAUGGGCAUUAAAAGUUAGAAUGUAGUAACUAACAAACAAGGAACUGUGGAUGCAUUCUUGCCUGUUGCCACUAUUGUCUAAACUUUUCAAAAGAAGCUAUUCCUUCUCAAAGCCUGAAAUUAGAUUUUCCAUGUGGUGAGCUUAUCUGGCAGCAAUGUGUUUAUGAACACUUUUCAGCUAAAUGGACAUGAGCAGGUUUAUCAUAUUUUACAGUUGUCAUGGGGCUAGAACCAGAAUCAUUUGAUUCUGAAGAUGCAACUUAGUUUAGCACAUUCUUCAAGCUGUCUAGAUAACUGGCACCUUCAGUCCUGCCAACAUGGGUAGGCUUGAAGUGUGCUGCUUCCAGAAUGGUUAAGAUAUAUAUAAAUAUUCAGAGGCAACUAACUCUUGCCUAGUCAACUUCCUGUGUUCUCCUGUCUGCUGUUCUGGGUGAACUCUGCCUUUCCCAGUCUAGAACAACUUGCUUAGUUGGGAUGCAUUGCUUACCUUUAUUUGUUCCACCAGCUCUCCACAUUUCCUUCUUUUCUCUUCCUACCUUUUCCUGUUUCCUCCAGACUCCAGAACUAGCUUAGCUCAUUAAGCAAUUUAGAGUCCUUCUUUCUGACAGAUUGAAGAGCUAUGACAUGAACUACUUUUCAGUUUGAUUUAGCCCUACCCAUUGGAUUAGCUGCCAGUGGCCAGACACCAUUUACCACUGGACCUGCUUCCAUCUGCCCAUGGUCCUCACCAGCCCUGAACAUUCUGAAGCAGAACCAUCAGUUGCAUGUAUCAAUACAUAUCCCACCUCCCUUUCUUAUACAUUUCCUACUGGAGACAGCAGCAGUAGGAUACAGUCAUAGCAAUGCAGGGCUUUGGAUAAGCAGGAAUGCAGUUCAAUAGUUCUCUGCUUGUAGAUAAGGAAAGCAAGAAAGAAUUUGUUGUAAUAAAUUUGUCUAACUGAAAGUUUUACAGUGCAGCUGUAGCAAAGUCACACCCUCCUUCCACUGAAGUCCAUGGGCUCUGGAGGAUGACUCUGUUUAGUACUGUGCUUUUAAGUUUUCUCCUCACUGUACUUUGCCCUCACCCCUCAGUCCUGCACUGUGUUCUGUUGUGUUAGAGUAUUCUUGCCUGUGUCCUUUGCUACUGUUGAAUGAGGGAGAAAAGUAGAACAGUCCUGUGCUAGUGGAUAAAUCCGUUGACCAAACUAUGUCUUUCCCCUCCACUAUAUGUUGUUUUAAAAGCCCCUCUCAACUCUCAUUAAAAACCAUGGAGAAAUUUCAAA